UCCAGUCAUUUGCCCUGCACCCAGACUGCAGAGAUCUGUCUGCCUCAUCUACCCGGGGCUUCUAGAAGCCCCGGGAAGCCUACCUGGCCUUAACUCUGAAGGAGCUACCUGGGAGACCCCUGGACUGCGCAGCCCAGCCGAGGCCACGAUCUUCUGACUCUCCGGCUUCAGGGCUCUGCGGUGGCAUCCGCAGUGGGCUCCGCAGCCCGCAGGCGGUACCCCCCACCCCCCGCUCCCGCCCCGCGGCAGCGCUUGCAGAGGAGAGAGUCAGCAGGCGGCCCCAGCAGAGACUGCGACAGUCUGCGCACCUCUUUCCUACUGCGUCUACUCCCCCCCCCCUCUGCCCCCCGCCCCCACGUCUGGGAGAUGGCGCUGACGAUGCUGCGGGACUGGUGCGGCUGGAUGGGCGUGAACUCAAAGCGCGCUGUGCUCAUCCUGGGCAUCCCUGACGACUGCGAGGAGGAGGACUUCCAGGAGGCCCUACAGGAUGCCCUGUGGCCCCUGGGCAGGUACCGAGUGCUGGGCAAUGUCUUCAGAAGGGAGCUUGGGUGCAGGGUCGCCCUGGUUGAGUUUGCUGACAAUUUAAACCGAAAUCUGAUUCCCCGACACAUACCAGGCAAGCAAGAGGACUGGACUGUGAUCUUUCUGCCUCAGGUCUUUGACUCUGAGUCACAGGAUGCACCCAAUUUCCCUGCACAGCCCCAAAGGCAAGCGGUGGCUGGCCCGGCUGAUGAGGCAGGAGCCGCACAGUGGGUUGGAGCUGCAGAUGAAGCAGGAGCCCCCCUCGAGGAGGGAGCUGCAGCUGUGGCAGGAGCUGCAGGUGAGGAAGGAGCUGAAGAUGGGGGGGGAGUUCCAGGUGAGGCAGGAUCUGCAGAUGAGGCAGGGGCCUCAGGUGAGAAGGGAGUUGCAGGUGAGGAAGGAGCUGCAGCAGUGUCAGGAGCUGCAGGUGUGGCCUCAGUAGAAGCUCCAGGUGCGAAAGAAGCUGCAGCUGUGUCCGGAGAUACAGGCGAGGCAGGAGCUGCAGAUGAGGAAGGAGCUGCAGGGAGAGCAGGAGCUGAAGGUGAGGCAAAGUCAGCAGAUGAGGCAGAAGCUGAAGAUCUGUUAGAAGCUCCAGGUGAAGAAUUAGCUGCAGGUGAGGUAGGAGCUGCAGCUGAGGCAGGAGAUGCAGCCGAGGCAGGAGAUGCAGCCGAGGCAGGAGAUGCAGCCGAGGCAGGAGAUGCAGCCGAGGCAGGAGGUGCAGCCAAGGCAGGAGAUGCAGCCGAGGCAGGAGGUGCAGCCGAGGCAGGAGAUGCAGCCGAGGCAGGAGGUGCAGCCGAGGCAGGAGAUGCAGCCGAGGCAGGAGGUGCAGCCGAGGCAGGAGAUGCAGCCGAGGCAGGAGAUGCAGCCGAGGCAGGAGGUGCAGCCGAGGCAGGAGAUGCAGCUGAGGCAGGAGGUGCAGCUGAGGCAGGAGGUGCAGCCGAGGCAGGAGGUGCAGCCGAGGCAGGAGGUGCAGCCGAAGCAGGAGAUGCAGCCGAGGCAGGAGGUGCAGCUGAGGAGGAAGCCUGGAUCCAGCAAUGGAAUCAGGCCCUGAAGCCUGUGCUGGAAAAUAUAGCCUACCAGGAACUGAGAGACUUUUCUGGCAACGAUCAGCCAGGUCACAAGAAUGAGUCCUUUGAGAGCUGGCUGGACCACGCCAACGACAUGCUGUACCUGUGGCGCCACAUAUCAGAAAGGGAGCGGCGGCGGAGGCUGGUGGAGAGCCUGCACGGGCCAGCACAGAAUUUCAUGUAUGGCUUCCUGAAUGAAAACCCUGCCAUCUCUGCUCAGGACUGCCUGACAGCGCUGGCUCACGUGUUUAAGAACAAGGACACCCAGGCGGUCAUGAGGCUGAAGUUUGUGACUUGUGCCCAGCAGCCCCAGGAGAGUCUCUUUGAUUAUGUGAUUCGCCUGGAAAACCUGCUGCACACGGCCAUGGAGAAGGAGGCCAUCCACCCAGGUGUGGCAGACGAGGUACGGAACGAGCAGGUGCUGAUGCGGGCUCGCCCCAACGAGAAGCUCCGGAACAAGCUGAAGAGGAUGCACCUGGAGGGGAAACCACCUGGCUUCCUGGAGAUGCUUCGGCUCAUUCGGGAGUCAGAGGCAUGUGAGGCCACUCCGACUAUGAGACAGCAGUUUCAGGUGGAAGAAAGGGUCUGGAUGGACAUUAGAGGACUGGCUGCUGCCCAGGCCACCCUAGCUCAUGAAGGUGCUGCCCAGGCUGCCUCAGCCCAUGAAGAUGUUGUCCAGGUCGCCCCAGCCCAUGAAGAUGAAGCCCAGACCGCUACAACCCAUGAAGAUGCAGCCCAGACCGCUAUAACCCACGAAGAUGCUGUCCAGGCCUCCCCAGCCCAUGAAGAUGUUGGCCAGGCCGCCCCAGCCAAUGAAGAUGCAGCUCAGGAUGCCCAAGCCAAUGAAGAUGUUGGCCAGGCCGUCCCAGCCAAUGAAGAUGCAGCCCAGGCUGCCCUUUCUAAGGAAGAUAGUGCCGAGGCCACUCUGGCCAAGGAAGUGGACAUUGAGGCGGGUCCUGCCACUGCCGAUCCUGAUGAGGCUGCUCCUGAAACCCAAGAUGCCACCGGGGCAGACCCUGCCCCUGAGGAUACCACCAAGGCCUCCCCUGCCAUUCAGGGAGAUGAGAGUGCUCUGGCUCCUGCAGGUCUAGGUCAGGCAGGGCCCUCACCUGCCCACAUGGGCAUUGCUUUCGGGGUGGGCUCAGGAGGUCCUGGCAGUGACCCAGAGGGCCUGGCCCAGGAAGAAGAUGAGGAGGCUGACGAGCCCCAUGAGGAGGAGCUCAUUCUCUUCCAGGAGGAGUCAGGAAUUGAGGACGGGUCUGGGAAGAUGAGUUCCCUCGAGCCCUCCUUCAAGUAAGCUUGGAAGGCUCAGUGGCCUCCUGUUCUCUGGGGCACCAGAGCCCUGGAGGCAGGGGAAGGCCACCUCACCCCACAUGGGGAGCAGGGCCCAGGGAAGGGUCUGCUCUGCCCCUUGGUCCCCCACUACUCCCAAGGGGCCCUAAUCACCACCAUCAGACCUUCCAAGUCAUCAAGAUGACCAUACUUGCCACCAAAUGGGAUGAGGAGAGGUGCCCACACAUGGUAGCACCACACCUGGCCUUAGCCCCAGCCCCUGCCAACUUGGGCAGCUGGCCUGGUAGCACUGCCAAGGCCUCCCCUGCCAUUCAGGGAGAUGAGAAUGCUCUGGCUCCUGCAGGUCUAGGUCAGGCAGGGCCUAGGCUGAGCAGCCCAUCUCAGCCUAGGAGAGGGGCACCUGAAGACAUCUGCCACCCGCGUGGAACUGGGAGACUUUAGGGCCCAUCAGAGGAGUGCCAGUCUCUGGACUCCCAUCCUCCAUCUCCUGGGGAGCCCCCAACUCAUUUUUUCAUAACUCCAUAAUGACCCAUGUGUCAAGUAAUCACCACCCCCCCCCUCACACACACACACACACACACACAGGCCACGGCGCCUGUGCAGAACCACCUGGUGUGUGUGAACCCAGGUGGGUGUCCUGCCCCCCCCCCCGACCCCGGGGCAGCCACCUAUCAGCCCCGGCACGUGCUGUGAGCCCCACUGCCAGCCAAGGCUCUGCCAGCUCUCAUCCAGUGUCGUGAGCUCAGCCUCUGCUUUCUCAGUGUAGAUUUAGGCCAACCGCUGCUUGUGCUUGUGGAGAUGUGUGUGUUCUUCUCUGAGCAGUUCCCCACCACCGCUCCCACCCCGGACGGAGACCCUGAGCCCGGGCCCAGAAGAAUGGAUGAGAAGAACCGACCAGGGCGCGUCUGGCGCUCACCCAGUGACCUCUGGCAGGAAAAAAAUAGACCAGGGACAGAAGGCGGCUGCUGGAGGCUCCACGGGGACUGUGCUCUGAUAUGCCACCCUGUUGUUCCCUGUGACUCAGUUUCCUCAGCAUGCUGGAAUGUCCCCUGCUGUGUUUUCCAGUGUCUUGUGUCUGUUCAGUGCAGGCCAUAGGGCAGAGCCAGGUCCCAACAUAUUGUCCAGAGGGGGAGGGAGCCCUGCAGUGAGUGGACAUCACCUGUGUCCACUGUCCUACAAAGUCUAAUCAAAGGGCCCUCAGGGAGGGGGACUAUGGAGGGAGGGCCACAGUGUGGGGACAUUUAAAGCACCUCGUUAGGGACCCCAGGAGAAGGGGGUGUGACCUAUGGGCUCUAUUGGCCUUUAGAAGUUCCUCUCUGUGUUGUCAUCCCCUUUCUUCAAUGGCUUCAAUAAAUAUUUCUCUUCAAUAAACAUAAUUGAAUGUU